AUGCUGAUCGAGAUCAACUCGGUCCUUUCGACGUUCCCAAAGUACCCGCCGCACACCAUUCAGCGUCUGGCCGAGCUCGUUCUCGAGCCGCGCCGCCACUACCGCCACCUGGCAUCGUACCUCCACGCAGUCGACCGCGUCGUCCACGUCACCAGCGGCGCAAACGUUUACCCUCUCCCUCCCGCGGUGCCCGACAUAUCCGCCAUGACGCUGCUUUCCAACGGCACCGUGAGCGCAAACGGCAGCUCGCCUCAAGACCCAGCCGCCGCCGUCUCCUGGGGCAACUCGACGAACUCGGUCGCCUCGACCGUCGGCACGGACGAGGCUCUCGGCGGUGCCUUACUAACCCCUAUUCCCUGGCUCACGCGCCGCCCUUCCCCCGGCUCCUCCUCGCCGGCCUCGUCCAAUGGCGGGGGCCCGGCCGAGAUCCGCACCGAAUCGACAGAGACAAUCGACGGCCCCAACGGCGUCGGUAGUAUCGAAACCGUCAGCGUAAGCGUCAACGGUAUACCGUCCAUGGGCGCUAGCAAUAACGGCACCGCCGCCUCAGGCCGUGGCAUAACGCAAGGUGAGUUACUGCGACAGGAGCAGGAGCAGGGCGUCGUUCCAAGAAACCAACUCGCGCGACAAACAGAAGAAGCACAACUGCAGGCCGCCGCCCUUCGCGCCAGCGGCGGGGGUGACGGCGGCGUCAAUAGCCCCGAGCAGCAGCAGCAGCAGCAGCAGCAGCAGGCCACCGCCGCUGCUGCGGCUGAAGAAGAUAACGAGACCCCGCACGCUCGCGGACCUGAAGAGAUUGGCGUCGACGAUCUCGGCCCACAGAGCGUCACGACGAGCUACGUCGGCGGACCGGGCAUGGAGAUGCAGGGGAUUGACGUCGAGGCUGCCGUGGGCCGCAAGGCCGAGCCUCGCGCCACCCCGCCGCCCGAGGACGCCCAGACGGAGGAUGCUCCCGCGGCGACAGAGGACGCGGACGACGCUACGUCAGAGGCCAGCACCACGUCGCAUCCCAAGCGGGACGCCAACGAGGAGCUGGAGGGUGUCGUGAGCAAAAAGAUCAAGGAGGGCGAAGGUGAUGUCGCCACGGCGGGCGAAGAUGUCAAGCCCGAGAGCGGAAAAGGAGAAGAGGCCAAGGAAGAAGGCGGCAAUGAGAAGGAAGAAGCCACCGAGUCUGUGGAGGCUGAUGGCGAGAAAGAAGAAGUGAAGGAUUCUGACGGAGCCAAGGAGGAAGCUACAGAUGCGGCAGCACUGGAAGAAAAGUCCAAGACCGAGGCUACGGAGGCGAGUAGCUAG